AUGGUGAUCAAUGAAUAUAUAGCAGCGGUUAAGGAACAAAGUGUAUCAGAUUUAUACGACAGAGCAGUUCCGAGCAGUUUCGCGCUCACUAUGAUUUGUUAUGAGAAACUUUCGUUAUCUUCAAGUGGUGAAGAACAAACCAAUGAAUGUAUCUACGUAUCCCAUCUUGGCGGUGAAGACUCGCCUCAGUGUGGUUCCUUUGCUGUGCCCUGUCGAACAUUACCACAAGCGCUACUCCUGAUCAAUGAUGGUGGCAAAAUUUGCCUCAACGGAAAAGAUAGUGAGUCAAAUCCCGAAUGUUUGAAAACGGAUAGUCCUAAUGGAACUGAAUUCAAAACUAUAGAAAAAAGUGUAUCAAUACAAGGUGUGUCCUCCCCGGCACAUAUUUCAUGUGGCUUAAUAUUUGCGCCGAGGUUCAAGUAUGGUUCCUUCUCAAACCUAGUAUUCAACAAUACUAGGUAUGGAUUAGUUUUCUCCGAUGUGCCCUUUUAUGAUGUUGUCAUUUCCAAAUGCAAGUUUAUCAAUUGCCAGAAGGCCGUUUUUAUGCAAUGGGAAAGGAAUUUUUCACGCAUUCGUGAGAGAUCUUUACUCGAAGUUGCUGAUAGCGAAUUUCGCAAUACUUCAUAUGGCAUAGAAUUUGGUCCAAGGUUCAGGAAUAGUUUUGCUGAGGUUUUCCUGUCAAACCUUAUGUUCGGCAAUGGCACGUAUGGUUUAGUCCUCGCCAAUGUGUCCUCCUAUGAUAUCGUCAUCACCAAAUGCAGGUUUUUCAACUUCCAUAAGGCAGCCGUUGGUAUCUUAUGGAAUCAAAUAGAUUUCGUCAUUCCUGAAAAGUGUAGUCUUGUAGCCACUGAUGGCGAAUUCCGAUACAAUGCAAAAUCUAUAGCUGUCAAGUUACCUAACAGUAUCGUUGAGACGACCAUAUUAAGAUGCUUCUUCGAGGGCGCGAAGGGACGUUUUAAUGUGACAUCUUUUGAUAGAAAUUUAACAGGUGCCGUGAUAAUCCGUUCACAAGCUAAUUCAAUUAUAACGUAUCCAAUUCAUGUAUUUGUCUCAAUCACUGACUCUAUUUUCCAAGAGCUCGGCCAUAAAGACAACAGCUUCGCUGUAUUAGUAAGAGUUGACAACCUCUUUGGCGAUGGGAAUAUAUCAUUGUUUAACACGUCGUUUCUUAACAACGAAAAUUCUGUCUUUGUCCAUGGCGGGUUUGGCCUUAAUUUGACUCACGUGACGGUUACUUCCACCUAUGGGCAUGCUAUCAUGGCCAGUGCUCCCCCUAAAACAUUAAUUAAAGCACCUGGUGUUAGGGUUUUCCUUGAAAAGUGCGUCCUAGUGAACAACCGGAUUGGCAUAAGAAUGUCAAAGACUACUUGCUUAGAUAAUACGGAUAGGUAUUGUUCAACGGGCGACCAAACGCUGGUUGUAAAAAACAGUCUUAUACUGGGAGGUAAUGAAACAUUAGGCACUGGUGAUGCAAUCAGAUUUGGAAUGAGUUUCCCUAAACAGAACUAUACCCGUGCGGUCUUGAAACCAGGCAAAGAAACAGUAUAUUUGUCGCCAAAUUUAAAAGCAAAACUACUUCUUGAAAACGUCACUUUCCAUGGGUUACAUGACUGUGCGCUGUCUGUUAGUACAGAAAAAAACGUACUAGGGCUCAUCUCGGUGAAAAAUUGCAGAUUUUUCGACAACACCCAGUUUGUGAAUCGACUAUAUGAACGAGGAACUAUCCAAAUUGAAUUUCCGAACGACGAUCCGCCGAAAUGUCCACGUGCAACAAAAGGAAACGAAAGUAAGGAACUGGUCUGGGACAAAAAGUCGGAGCUACCGGUUAUGAUUGAAGAUACUUUAUUUGAAAACAACGUGGGCAUCGCUGGAGCAUUGAGCUUUUUGAAUGGCAACGUCACUAUCAAUAACUGCGCAUUUAAAAACAACAAGGGAGUGGCUUUGGGAGGUCAUGUAUAUAUGAAGACCGGUUUCGGCAUUCUGAACAUCAAUAAUUGUAGCUUCCUGCGUAAAGAAACAAGUUUGAUAGAUCAUUCCCGCGUGUCAGCUGCUGGUUGUUUUCUUAGAUCCGAGAGCGCUGGUCCGUUAACGAUUCAAAAUUCGUCGUUUAUAGCAGACGUUAAUCAAGAAUUCCAUCCAAUCUUUGCUGCGACGAAAAGCAGUACGAUUAAGAUCGACAGUUCGACCUCCUUCAAAUGUCCAGACGGAACACAGAUCAAGCUCGAAAACAUCAACCUUAGAGGAAGUGAGACUUGUUGGAUAAGCGUAGCUUAUGUCAAAUUUUUUUGUGAAGAGUGUCAGGAUGGAUUCUAUAAUGUCCGACAAAUACACUAUUUGUUAAACUUACCCAAGCAGACGUAUUGUCCAAAAAUGACCGUAUCAAGAUGUCUUUUCCAGGGUACGAAGGGACGAUUUCAUGUUACAAAUGAUAAUAGAAGUAUAAAAGGUGCCGUGUUUGUCCGUUCCCAAGCUAGUUCCGUUACGACGUAUCCUAUUAAUAUCUUAGUCUCAAUUACUAACUCUAUUUUCCAAGACCUGGGCCAUCAAGACAACAGCUUCGCUGUAUCCGUAAGAGUUGACAACCUCUUUGGCAAUGGGAAUAUAUUAUUAUUCAACACGUCGUUUCUUAACAACGAAAAUUCUGUCUUUGUCCAUGGCGGAUUUGGCCUUAAUUUGACUCACGUGACGGUUACUUCCACUUAUGGGUGUGCUAUCAUGGCCAGUGCUCCCCCUAAAACAUUAAUUAAAGCACCUGGUGUUAGGGUUUUCCUUGAAAAGUGCGUCCUAGUGAACAACCGGAAUGGCAUAAGGAUGUCAACGACUACUUGCUUAGAUAGUACGGAGGCCUUUUGUUCAACGGCCGACCAAACGCUUGUUGUAAAAAGCAGUCUUAUACUGGGAGGUAAUGAAACAUUAGGCACUGGUGAUGCAAUCAAAUUUGAAAUGAGUUUCCCUAAAUAUAACGAUAGUCGUGCGGUCUUGAGGCCAGGUAAAGAAGAAGUAUAUUUGUCGCCAGAUUUUGAAGGAAAACUACUUCUUGAAAAUGUCACUUUCCACGGGUUACAUGGCUAUGCACUAUCUUUUAGUACAGAAAAAAACGUACGAGGGCUCAUCUCGGUGAAAAACUGCAGAUUUCUCAACAACACCCAGUUUGUGAAUCGACUAUAUGAACGAGGAACUAUCCAAAUUGAAUUUCCGAACGACGAUCCGCCAAAAUGUCCACGUGCAUCAAAAGGAAACGAAAGUAAGGAACUGGUCUGGGACAAGAAGUCGGAGCUACCGGUUAUAAUUGAAGAUACUUUAUUUGAAAACAACGUGGGCAUCUCUGGAGCAUUGAGCUUUUUGAAUGGCAAUGUCACUAUCAAGAACUGUGCAUUUAAAAACAAUGAAGGAGUGGCUUUGGGAGGUCAUGUUUAUAUGAAAACAGGUUUCGGCAUUCUGAAUAUCAAUAACUGUAGCUUCCUGCAAAAAGAAACAAGUUUGAUAGAUCAUUCCCGCGUGUCAGCCGUUGGUUGUUUUCUUCGAUCCGAGAGCGCCGGUCCGUUAAAGAUUCAAAAUUCGUCCUUUGUAGCAGACGUUAAUCAGGAAUUCGAUCCAAUCUUUGCUGCGACGAAAAGCAAUACGAUAAAGAUCGACAGUUCGACCUCCUUCAAAUGUCCAGAUGGAAAACAGAUUAAGCUCGAAAACAUCGAACUUGUCAGAGGAAGAGAGACUUGCUGGAUAAGCGUAGCUCAUUUAAAAUUUCUUUGUGAAGAGUGUCCGGAUGGAUUCUAUAAUUUAAACAGAGGAUCUUCCAGUGGUCUGGAUAUUCACAAGGAAACAAAAUGUCUUAAAUGUCCUUACGGGGCAACGUGUGAAAAUGGAGACAUUAAAGCCCAAGAAAACUUUUGGGGCUGCUACUCUUCACCACUGUCAACUAAGCUGGAGUUUCAUCCCUGCCCACUGGAAUACUGCAAACCUCCUACCCGUCCUAAUACUCACGCUUUUAAUGGUUGCCAUGGCAGCAGGACAGGCGUUUUAUGCGGCCAAUGCGCUGAGGGAUUUAGCGAAGACUUAUAUUCUACAUCUUGUCGAGAGAGAGAAAAAUGCCAUGAUCACUGGUUUUGGAUAGCGAGUUUAAUCUACGUAAUAAUGUUGUCUCUCUACCUCGUUUUCAAGCCGCCUAUCUUCCCGUGGCUGUAUCGGCAAUGCUUGUGGUUUAGAAAGAAAUCCAACAGCAGCCAAAGACAGGCAGCGCCACAUGAAGCAAACGAUGAAGAACACGAUGCUGGAUAUUUCAAGACCAUCUUCUACUUUUAUCAAGUUGCUGAGAUACUGAUGAUCAAGUCCCCUGAGGCAGCCCUUCACAUAGUUCCUUUUGUUACACCAGUCAUUGCACUUUUUAAUUUCCAGGUACGGACCAUUAAUGGCAGCAUUGGAUGCCCAUUUCCUGGCUUCAAUGUUGUCACCAAAGAGCUGUUUUUGUGCUUGAAGUUCCUGGCGACAUUGCUCUCCAUUGCUAUGAUUUAUGCCAUCCAUCGAGUCAUAAGUCGUCGGUUCCGGCACACUCCUAAACCUUCCCUUACACUAUACCUGGCUGUGGUUCUGGAGACCCUGUUACUAGGCUACGAAACCCUAGCAGAUACAUCUCUGAAGCUCAUGCACUGCGUUCCUGUAGGGCUGGAGUGGCGUCUGUUCAUAGAUGGAAACAUCCCCUGUUGGCAGUGGUGGCAGUACAUGCAAAUUGUCUUCAUCUCGGUAUUUAUCAUUCCUCUUGUGCUCGUCCUCUUCUGGGGAUCACUGAUGCUUUCCAAAGACAAAUUGUCCGCCAAGGAGUUCUUGACUUCCUGUGCAUUCCCUUUGCCUUUUCUUUUCAUCUGGCUCUAUCGCUACGUUUUCAAGAAACCAAGUUUGCCCGAGUUUAAACUGUUUUGGGGGAAUACCCACGAUGAUGCCGAAGAAAUUAAGAAAGUUCUCCAUGAUCCAUUCCGUCCACCCUGUGGUGAUGACUAUGGUACACUGUACUGGGAGAGUGUGCUGACCGGUCGGAGGUUCCUACUAUUGACCAUUGGUAACUUCAUUACUGAUCCUUUAACACGAUUCAUCUGUUUGGAUUUCGCAUGUGUUGUAACUCUGGUGCAUCAUCUUGUGUCGAGACCAUUUCGUGACCGUAAGGCCAACAUAUGUGAAGCCCUUUCUCUAAUGAGUCUGGUUGCUAUUUGCACUUUCAACUUGGCAGAAGUCACCCUUAUCGCCCAGGGACUCGAGCCUACUGGACCUAAAGAGAACCUUUUCUACGCGUUGGAGUGGAUCGAAGUCGCUUUGCUUGGCUUUCUACCAGCUAUAGCCUGCAUCCUGAUGGUUCUCGCGGCCUUGUCUCAAGUCAUACGGGUGCUGUACCACUACCUCAGACUACUACCGAGAACCGUGUGUCUGCGUUCUCAUUUCUAA